CGCCACGCGUCCACGUUCGCGGUGGACGAGUGGGUGGUCCCGGAUCGCGAGGUGUUCGGCCGCGUGCCCACCCACGAGGAGGCCAUGGCCAUGGCCGCCACUCUCGACCUCAAGGACGCCCUCGAGCUGUGCGAAAUAUGUUGGAUGAUAUGUUAGAGAAAAAUCGUGAAAUAGUCAGAGCUUCUUGCUUGAACUUAACUGACCCUACAAAAACGGAAGGAGGGAUAAAAUUAUUUAAAAAGGCGCCACCUAGUAUCAAAAUGGAUUCCAAGGGCGUAUGGUCCAGUCUGUUGUUGUCGACGGCAAUGACAUACUUGUUUCUGCAAAGAAAGCAUCGCAGAGAUCAAUGGCUAGACUGGAAGCGAGAGAAGCCGCAGCAAAGGCAAAAGCCAAGAGGGAGGAAGAAAGGGUGCAGGAACCGAAGAAGGUUAAGGGGAGAGAAAUGGCUUCUUUCUAUUGCUAGGCAAAUGAAGGAAGAAAAAGCUCGGGAGAGACGAAGUGAUAUGUACCAUGUCAACGGUGCUGCAUAUUCUGAUCUGAGUCGCACUUUUCCACGUGCUGCUAUGUUGUACCCUACUUCCCCAUUACAGAUUGUAAUAGGAUCAACGUGGAUGAAUCGAUAGACUGCUCUGCUAACGAUUUUGCUCUAAUUGAGAGAAUGUAGCUCUGGAUGUCAGCACUCCUUUUCAUGAAUAUUUUUGCAGUAACAUUUGUGGUUGUAAUGUUCCAUAU